AUGCCCCGGAUGAAAGUCAAAACCAAGGCCGAGGACCUUGCUAGAGUGCGUAAUAAUCAACGGAAUUGCCGUGCGCGCCAGAAGGAGUAUAUUCGCGAUUUAGAACAGAAAGUGCAACAUUAUGAGACUGCGCAGAGCGCUCGGCUCGAUGACUUGCAGAAAAAGAUAGACCUCCUCUCGGUCGAAAACCAGCUCCUAAAGUACUUUGUGGAAUCCAUAACGUCUGGAUCGCAUCCCUCACCAUCGCACGAGGCUCGCAGAGCGAUAACUGGAUCAGAAGUGGACUUUGAUUUGCUUCUGUCUUCGGACUACAGCACCACGUCUGAUUUCGUGCCUAGCGUUAGUUCGAUCCUUUAUAAGCGUACUGUGAUGAUGGCCAUGCUCUCUAACCGCGCAUAG